CGGCAUUGCUGGACAACAUGGCUCAGGUGCUGGCGGAUCUGGGAUGGAAAGUGCUGGAGAGACGAGCCCGAUCCCGGAGAUCAGCUCUAACACCUUAAUUUCACUGUGAUUGCCCCUAACCUCUACUAACCGAGUGCCCAGUUGGUUGCAACGCCUGUGGUUGGUCCCGAUGCAUUCCAGCGCAAUGGCUGAGCUUGUUGAGAAGUCUUUGUCUCUGUCGCCCACGUACAUGCGGACAGGCUCUGUAUAUGAACCUCUAAAAAGCAUCGACCUCCCGAGGUCAGACGAUGAGACUCUGUGGGAUAAAUUGGAUCGUUAUUACAGAAUCGUAAAGGUCACUGUGCUGAAUUUCCAAAGCCCAACAACUGGCCUUUUCCCGACCAUCACUGUGGGCGACUGCAAGAAUGCCAAAGUCCACGACAGCCUGUACUGCGCUGCCAGCGCCUGGGCCUUGGCACUGGCAUACAGACGCAUUGACGAUGACAAAGGGCGGACGCAUGAGCUGGAGCAUUCUGCAAUCAAAUGCAUGAGAGGGAUACUCUACUGUUACAUGAGACAAUCUGAUAAGGUGGAACAGUUUAAGCAAGAUCCAAGCCCUCAGAAAUGUCUUCAUUCUAUCUUCCAUGUUGACACUGGUGACGAAAUCCGAUCGUAUCAGGAUUAUGGCCAUAUCCAGAUAAACGCCGUGUCUCUCUUCUUGCUAUAUUUGGUGGAAAUGAUAUCCUCCGGACUGCAGAUCAUUUACAAUACAGACGAGGUGUCGUUCAUCCAGAACCUGGUGUUUUGCGUAGAGAGAGCGUACCGCGUGCCAGACUUCGGAAUCUGGGAGAGAGGCAGCAAGUACAACAAUGGCAGCACAGAAUUACAUUCAAGCUCCGUCGGCUUGGCCAAGGCUGCUCUUGAAGCCAUCGAUGGAUUCAAUCUCUUUGGAAACCAGGGCUGCUCGUGGUCUGUUAUAUUUGUGGAUCUGGAUGCACACAACCGGAACAGGCAGACGCUCUGCUCCCUGCUGCCGAGGGAGUCGCGAUCCCAUAACUCUGAUGCUGCGCUCUUGACAUGUAUAAGUUACCCGGCAUUUGCAGUGGAUGACGAGACUUUGUAUCAUCAAACUUUGGAUAAGAUUGUUCGCAAACUGAAAGGGAAAUAUGGAUUCAAACGUUUCCUUCGAGAUGGAUAUAGGACAGCGCUGGAAGAUGAGAACAGACGAUACUACAAACCAGCCGAAAUAAAGCUCUUCGAUGGGAUUGAAUGUGAAUUCCCGAUCUUUUUCAUCUACAUGAUCAUUGAUGGUGUUUUCCGAGGAAAUACUGAACAGGUGAAAGAAUAUGAGAAGUUGUUGGACCCGGUACUUUUAGUAGCAUUUGACGGGUGUCCUGUUGUCCCAGAAUAUUACCAUGUUCCAGCAGAUUUUGUGGAGCCUGAGAAGCUUAACCCAAACAGCCAGAAAAGAUUCCCGAGUAACUGUGGCCGGGAUGGCAAGCUCUUCCUGUGGGGACAGGCUCUGUACAUCAUCGCUAAGUUGCUGGUGGAAGAACUUAUAAGUACAAAAGACAUUGAUCCCUUACAUCGCUAUGUUCCCCGUCAGGACCAAAGAAAUAUCAGUAUGCGAUACUCCAAUCAGGGUCCCCUGGAUAAUGACACGGUGAUACAUGUGGCCUUGAUCGCGGAGAGCCAGAGACUACAGGUCUUCCUGAACACAUACGGCAUUCAGACACAAACGCCACAGCAAGUGGAGCCCAUCCAGAUCUGGCCACAGCAGGAGCUGGUAAAGGCCUAUCUCCACCUGGGAGUGAAUGAGAAGUUGGGAUUAUCAGGAAGACCUGAAAGACCCGUUGGCUGCCUAGGAACAUCAAAGAUUUAUCGUAUUCUCGGGAAGACGGUGGUUUGUUAUCCCAUUGUGUUUGAUCUGAGCGAUUUCUACAUGUCCCAAGAUGUCAUGUUACUCAUUGAUGACAUUCAGAACGCUCUUCAGUUUAUCCGGCAGUAUUGGAAGAUGAAAGGACGACCCUUAUUUCUGGUGCUGAUCCGUGAGGACAACAUUCGGGGGAGCCGUUUUAACCCCAUCCUUGACAUGCUUGCCUCAUUUAAGAAUGGGUUUGUGGCAGGGGUCAAGGUCCAUGUGGACAGGCUGCAGACUCUAAUAUCUGGAGCCAUGGUCGAGCAGCUGGACUUCCUGAGAAUCAAUGAAACCGAAGAGAUGCCGGAGUUCAGAAGCUUUGAAGAGCUUGACGUGCCUAAACAUUCAAAAGUGAACAGACAAUCCAGCAUACCGAGCGCUGACAUGGAAAAGCAGCCAGAGAUCAGUACAGCAGAAUGGAAAAACCGGCCAACCUAUGAGAUCCUGCAGAAGCUCAGUGACUGCACUUGUAUGGCUUCCCAGGCCAUCCUACUCAGCAUACUGAUAAAACGGGAAGGGCCCCAUUUUAUAACGAAAGAAGGUACCGUCUCCGACUUCAUGGAGAGGAUCUACAGGAAGGCCGGAAGCAAUAAACUUUGGUUUCUGGUUCGAUACACGGCGGCAUUCACACAGAAGAUAGCCUCCUCUAUAGCGCCACACAUCACUACGUUGCUGGUACACGGGAAGCAGGUAACUCUAGGGGUCUUCGGUCACGAGGAAGCUGUCAUCUCCAACCCGCUGUCCCCCGGAGUGAUAAAGGACAUUAUUUACAGCAAGUGUAACCCCUACGAUGAGCGGGAGGCCGUCCUGCAGCAAGAACUGGUCAUCCAUAUUGGCUGGAUUAUCUCCAACACUCCAGAGUUGUUCAGCGGCAUGUUGAAGAUCCGUGUCGGCUGGAUCGUUCACGCCAUGAGAUACGAGCUCCAGAUUCGCAGCCAGAUGCCUGGUGGGGAUCAGUCGGAGACCGAUAUCUAUCAGCUGUCUCCAGGUGAAGUCAAGCAGCUUCUCCUUUGUAUUCUAAAGCCGCAGCAGUCUGGAAGGUGUUGGCUGAACCGCAGGCAGAUAGACGGCUCCCUGAAUAGGAAUCCAUCCGGCUUCUAUGACCGCGUGUGGCAGAUCCUGGAGAGGACACCCAGCGGGAUUAUGGUGUCCGAAAAGUUCCUUCCACAGCAACCCACCCUAUCUGACAUGACUAUGUACGAGAUGAACUUUUCUCUGCUGGUGGAGGACAUGCUGCAGAACAUCGCACAGCCCGAGUAUCGCCAGAUCGUUGUGGAGCUUCUAAUGAUCGUUUCUGUCAUCCUGGAAAGAAACCCGGAAUUCGAGUUUCAAGAGAAAGUCGAUUUGGACAAACUGGUGAAAGAGGCAUUUAAUGAUUUUCAGCGAGACCAGAGCCGGCUUCAGGGAGCGGAAAAACAGGAUGACAUGUCUGCUUUCUACAACACCCCCCCUCUGGGCAAGAGAGGGACCUGCAGCUACCUGACAAAAGCCGUAAUGAACGUGCUGCUGGAGUCCGAGGUCAAGCCAAACAACGAGGACCCGUGCAGCAUCAGCUAACGGUGCCAGCGGGUGCCCGGAGCUUUUACACCCUCACUCGGUUUACGAUGUUCCGAGCUUAGUGACGUGUGGCUGCUUUCAUAGCCUGUGCUUUUUAUACUGGAGACAAAUGGGUGGCAGAGGUCAUGCCAUGUGUCAGGAGGUGUUAUGCUGCAUUAGUAGAGAGUUUGUGUUGACAUGGCUUUAGAGAGGCUGCACCGGCUCCAUAACGUGUCAGCUGGGAGAUCUGCCCGGGGUUGUGCCAUCAGAUAUCUAUAUAGUGUGUUUGUGUUCUUCUUCUGUUUUGUGUAACCACAAAUACCCCAACACCUGCUGAAAACCUCACUGAAAGGGGCUUUUCCAUCGGAAAAUGCAUUUUGUAUCCAUCAAAGUUGUUAUUGUUCCUCCUCUGACAAUCAUCUUGUUCCAUAUUCAGUGUAAAGUGCCACACAGCAGAGUGUGCCACCUAAAAAUAUAACUUUCAGGGGGAGCAGAUACCUGUGUAAUCCAGGUAUUUUCUCCCACUUCCGGACAUAGAUCACCGCAGUGACCUACGCCAUGUCCGGCGCCUCCUCCA